AGUACUAACUGCGAGUCUCAGUAUUCUGCGAUCCUCGAACCUGUGACGUGGGUGCGAUGCCGUUGAAAUUUGUUUCGAGUCAAAAGGGAAACCCCUUGUUGAUCUUGCACGGUCACAUUUAUAACCUCGUUCACGAGGGUCAAGUGUGCACGUGGCGGUGUACACAAUAUCGUGCAAGUGCGUGUGGUGGACGCGUCCAUACCGAUUCAAGAUCACGAUCCGGCAAAGUCUUGGAUGAGUCUGUGCAUAAUCACCCGCCUAGUUUCUCCGGCCAGAAGGCCCAGACAUCGUUCAAAAGUGUGUACGCGGCCGGUGCGGCAGCAAUACCGAAGACGCCUAUGCGAGCGAUGCAGCGAACAAGAACACGGCCCAAUUCGUACGUGAAGAGGUCCUCAUCAGUUGUCGACAGAGUGCGACUGCCAGAAAAACGAACUACUCUUGGCGAUAAUGUGGAGUGGAAUUGUCAAAACAGGCUCAACUUGGGAGGGGUUAAUCAGCAAAAGGAAAAACUCGGAAAGAGUAUCGUAGAAACCGAUUUUGAAUCCAGUAUGAUUGUCCAGGGGGACAAUCUGGUGGAUCAUUUACCAGGGAAUACAGUACAGUCGGAUUCUACUUCAAUAAUAACGGUAAAAGAGGAAAAUAUGGAAGAGCAUACGAGAGAUUUUUUUUCCGACGUUUAUGAGCAACAUCCUCACGAUCAAAUUUUAUCCAAUGGUCGACAUUCAUUGAUCGAUGAGAGGAUCUCUUCUAGUGGCAUAAAUAUAGAGGAAAUCCAGGAUGAAAAACAAUUGCGCCUGAUAGAACGUCGCGAAGCAAUUUGGCAACAGCGGGAACUACACGCAAUAAAAUUGAAGAUUGCUGAAGCUGAAGAAAAAAUUGUUUCCCUAAAACUUUCGAGUGCAAAGCUUUUGCAUAGUUUAGAACGAGCAGCAAAAGCAUAGUUCAAAACCCUUUGAGAUUAAUUCCAUUCUUUUUUUUUUAUUGAGUUUUAUGACUGCCCUACACAUAAUGGUGAAUUGUUAGAACUGUUUUUCCAGUAAGAAAACAUUUUUUUACCCGUUACAUGAUUGCGUAUUUCCUUCAAUUUUGACUCAUCCCUUAGAAUGUAAAUAAUUUUCAGAUUUUUUUCCGAUUCUAGUAUUGCGAAGUUAUUGAAAGAUGUAUAAAAUUAAUCAUUGUUUUGAAAACAUCCGACAUUUUUUGUCGUGUAAAAUAAAUUCUCAUGUGAAUGGUUUCUGUUUAAUAGAAGCUUUAAUAAAAGCAAGAAUCGCAGCUAUUUUUAAGGGUUCUACCCUAAAUAGACGGGCAAAAAAGCCUGCUUUCACGAAUUUUUUUGAUCGGUAUAAAUUAUAAAUAUGGAUAUAAAAAAUGUUAGGCCCAAAAAAUACACUCUUGAAAUACAAAAACAAAUUUUUACAUUUACUUUACUCAGUUUUUGUACAGAAAAAUAGGGGAGAUGAAAUGGCGGCCACUUUUCUAAAAACUACGAAAAAGCUCGUUUUUUUAAUCGUUUUUUACAAAAAUACAAUAGUUCGGCUCAAAAUUUCACAAUUCGUAUAAUGUGCGCUGUAGCUAUAGCCACAAAAAACAUGUAAAAUUUUGGUACGGAACCGUUGAAUAGUUUUGGAGAUUUUAUCAACAAGCUGUUCGAAAACAUAAUUUUGCGGAAAACGCGUUUAAACAAAGGCAGGUACGCGGUAUCGCACUGGGCGGUGCGUAUAUUGGCGCGCUCAGACAGCCAAGUAAACAUCGCUCAAAAGUACACUUAGACUGCUCAGAUUUUUAUAAAAUUUCAGUAUGAUACUUUGAAAUAUGUAUCCCUUCGAAAAAUUCAAUAAGAAAAAAUCAAUUUAAAAAAAAUUCUUAUUAGGGUAGACUCCUUAAUGCCCGUUUUCUCCAACGUUAAUCUGAGUUUAAACUCUGUUCAUCCUAUUUCGAAACUAUAUUAAAAAAAUUGAACUGAGUUUGAACUGCGUCGGAGAAAACGGACAUAAGUUGAUCAGAUGCAAGAGUGUCAUAUAGUUGAAAAAUCGUUACACAAUUUACUCGGAUAACCUUGAUUUUCGAAAAAAAUAAAAGUACUGAACAACUCAUAGGUCACCUUAUUAUGUUUUUUUGUUAAAUCAUUCUAUAUCACAAAAAAAAUGUAUCUUGGAGUUGGACUGUUGAAUAAACAAAUAGGGUCAAAAUUCA